AUGCCGCUAUACGAGAUCUAUCAUUCCACCCCCCUGACAACUAUCCAAAAAUCCCACCUGGCCCAAUCCAUCACAUCCCUCCACAGCACAACAUUCCGCACCCCCUCCCUCUUCGUAAAUAUUCGCUUCGUCGCCUCUGAGCCUGCUGGCGACUACUUCGUUGCCGGAAAGCCGACUCAGCCUACGUCUCCGAAUCGCAUCGUUGCGAUGGUGCGUACGGGCGGGCCGGGACGGUCGAAGGAGACAUUUGAUGAGGUGGCGAGGAAGAUCGAGGGAAUUUGGGAGGACGUUGUUGUCAACACGGACGGAGGAGAGAAGGGGAGGAAGUUGCAUUUUAUUGUCUUUACGACGAUUUUGGCGGCGGUGGAGAAUGGGGUUGUUAUUCCGGGGGCGGGUGAAGAGGGUACUUGGCUGAAGAGUAAUAUGGCUUAUUUCAGAGAGCAGGCAGAGGUGGGUAGGGAUGAACAUUUCAGGGAUAUGCUGCAGGAGAUAGAGGAGAGGGAGGAUUUGAAGGGUUUGGUGUUGUGA